UUUAGAUGCUGCCCAGAAGCCGGCGCCAUGGCUCUCUGGCGAUGCGAAUGUCUCGACGAGUAUCUGGUCGCAGGAGAUCUUUUUGUUUGCCUCUUGUAAAUACAGAAAUGCAGAUCGCUGCUGUGCAACCAAGAUGCGACGUCGAGUCAAGACAUACAGUGCUAAGUAGAUGAUUGUGUGGAGAAUACACACUGUACCUCACCACCACGUUCCGGUACCGUACCGUUAGUUACCACAUUCACGCGACAACCUCACUCACUCACGCCCUCCUGAACCUCACGGUCCUGGUGACAUCAACGCCCGACCUUAUCAGCUCCCCGCCCGACACUACUACUCACCCGCUCACCUCACCUCACAUGCCCCCCAAGCGCAAACCGGCCACCACCGCCGCCGGCCGCAGCAGCAGCGGCCCCAAGGCCCCGCGGCAGAGCAAGCUCGCCAAGGAGCACAACGUCUCCGCGCAGGAGGAGGGCGAGAUCAAGGAGGCGUGGGGCCUCUUCGCGGAGCCCAUGGACGGCGAGAAGAACGGCGUCCUGCCCAUCGACGACGUCAAGUCGGCCCUCAUCGCCCUCGGCAUCCCCCCCUCCUCGCGCGCCGAGCUCGCCGAGUUCCGCUCCAUCCUCGACCCCUCGUCCGACGGCUACGCCACGUACGAGCCCUUCUUCGCCAUCUGCGCGCUCAAGCUGCACGCGCGCGACGACGCCGACGACGCCGAGGCCCACCGCGCCGCCGUCCACGAGGCCUUCCGGCUCUUCACCAACGGCGACGCCGACGGUCCCAUCACGCUCGCGCACCUGCGCCGCGUCGCCGCCGUGCUCAAGGAGGACGUCGACGAGGACCUCCUCAAGGAUAUGAUUCUCGAGGCCAACGGCGGGGCCGGCGUCGCGCGCGGCGUCCGCGUCGACGAGUUUGACGACGUGAUGCGCAACGCCGGCGUGUGGAGGUGAAAAACCUGACGCGACGCGACGCGCGCUUUGGCAUGGCGUUGGGAAGUGAGUGGGCAGACGGGAAACUCAUAUUCACUUCGGUUUAGCAUGGCGUUGGAGGCUUUUUAUCCCAGUGACGGCUCGUUCGAGUUCUCAGGCGUUGUGGCACACCCUUUCACACCUAUCUAGUUGCGAUGUAUGAAUUUUCCUACUGCUCUGUUAAGAGCAGAGACGAGCAACAAUUUUUCGGCGCGACAGGCGACCGCUUGGUCGCUGCCGCAGCCGCCCGGGUAAAUGAAAUCUUCUUGCUCCCUCUUAACGCCGUG